GCGUGCACCUCCAUCCCCCCUCAUUCAUUGCUGACCAUGCUGCUGUGAAAUCGACGUUCAUGUCACCUCCGUGCCGCCUGAAUCAGCUCUAGUUCAGUGCCGGUAUGUGUGACUCUCCGUUGAUGAGGGUUCAUCGCUAAGGCGCUGUUAAGUUGCCCAGGUGGAAUCAGUGCAAAUGUGUAAGGUGGGGGAAGUAUCAUAUGGAAGCAUCUGGCAGGUACUGUGAAACUCGUGACUGUUCAGAGCCCCCAGGAGUGGCAACUAGCUCUGAGCUUCAGAUUUAUGAUCAAGUAUCGAUUCCUGGUUAGUGCAGGUAUUUCAAGUGCAUAUUCCUGCCGAAGACUACUGAAGCUUGAAACGGAGGCCAUAACACUAGAACAGAUUAUCAAUUUGAGGUCAAGGAAGCUCAAGUCUUAGAAGUUGAACAAGCAUCCAUUGCUGAUAUCCAUGGGAUGCUGUAACAGAGGGAUAGCUGCUUGACAUGCCUAGUAUGGCGCUCACGAAGGGCUUUGAAGUUGACUUCGCCAUUGCAGCAGUGAUUGUGUUCAUGGUUUGCACCUGCCACGCCAAGUCUGUGGAUGUUGGAGGAACGGCAGGAUGGGCAAGCUACGAUUCCAGCCAAACUACUGCUCCCAAUUACGAAGCGUGGGCGUCUUCCCAAAAGUUUUACGUCGGCGACAGUUUAGUUUUCAAAUUUGCAGCAGGAGUACACAAUGUGUGGCAAAUGAAAUCCCAAGCCACGUACCAAAAUUGUGACUUCGACGGCGCUACUCUGCUUGACGAGGGGAACUCAGGCUACUAUUCGCAAAUGCAGUGGAAAGCGACGCAGCCAGGCGUGUACUAUUUCUCAUGUGACAAAGGAGCCGAAGGCGUGGGCACACACUGCAACUUCAACCAGAAGCUCGCUAUAAUGGUAUCCAAAUCUGCAAGCGCUCCGACUCCCUUGCCUCCACCUUCACCAUUGCCAUCCACAUCGCCGCCUCCUUCCAUAGCACCGCCACCACAUCCAAACAUCACUGCAUCAUCGCCAUCACAACCGCCGCCACCUUCUUCACGUCCACCUUCGGUGAGCCCUGAACCUCACAGUUUCACGACUCCAGCUCCUGCCACUCCCCCGAAUUCUGUAAUCCCAACCCCAUCUCCUACCCCAUCGUACUCCUCCCCACCUUCUAAAGCUCCAACUCCAUGGCAUCACGCGGCGCCGGUCCCGGUCCCAGCUCCAGUCCCAGUCCCAGUCCCAAUGUCGACACCACCUCCUGCGUCGACAACCACUCCAGCUCCAUCCCCGUCUAUACCUCCAUCUACAUCUCCGAUUUCGACUCCACAAGCUUCGACACCCUCGGAUUCAUCAACUCCAGAUCCUGGACUGCCCGAGGUGCCAGGCGGUGAACCAACAGCUCUUGUCACUCCUCCCCAGAAUGCUGCCGGGGCUUUGCGGCGUGCACAGUUGGGCUGCUCUGUGCUGCUCCAAGCCAUCACACUUCUUUCCGUUCUCUCCAAGUGAUGUGAUGACAACGUUGCAGGUUUGUCGUCUUGCCAUUCAUUCACUGCGAUCCAUUGGGUGGGUGUCGGUAAAGAUUCCACGGCACUAAGGAGCCACUUUUAGGGUUGUAGCUUUCGGACCCAAUGUGUUCUCAGUGCUUGGACACCAUUCAUUGCAUUCGUGAUUGGUGUUUUAGUUUUUGUGGUUUCUUAAUCUUUUAAAUUUUUCUCUUUUGUGUUUCUUCGGUGAAGCCAGAUGCUGCGACUGUGCAGCUUCGAUUUUGAUAGACAGGGUUGUUCUAUAGAAGAAUCUGGCAUCUAGAAAUGCCAGAGUCUGUUGCCUGAGGAAAUUCCUCUGCACUUCUUAAUGCAUUUAUAUAUAUAUAUAUAUAUAUAUAUAAGUUUUCUUAGAAGCAUGUGUUUGUGAAUCAGUUUUUAAGGCAUCAGUGCUAUUAUUUAAGUAAAUAUGAGUUGAUUCUUAAAUUA